AAAAUCCGUUUUCCUGAUAAAGAGCUGGGCUGAGUCAUCUGUGGAGGAGAGAAGUUACAUCCAGCUCUUCCUCGGUGCUGUUGAUGUGGGAUUUUCCUUUUUUCAUCAGUGAGGCAAUUGGUUGCCUUUCGUGGAGGCUUUGGGAACCGAGGCCACUCAGCCAGCUACUGGGAGCAUCUAACAGGAAACUGGGCUGCAGAGAGGAACCAGCUGGACAUUGGGCCGGAGUACUAGCUUCACCGAGAAGGACCUGAAGGAGGCCAAGGCUUGGAGCCAGCAGAUUGCAGCCCAGCUGACCACCCCUCCCAGCUCUAACUCCCGUGGCGUCCAGCUCUUCAACAGACGCCGGCAGAGAGUAAACGAGUUCACCUUGGAAAGCCACGGCCAGAGAGGCCAGCAGCCCAGCCCGGAGUGCUUCAGAGCGCUUCCUGCCAGCCCCACAGGCCAUGCCCAGGGGCUCAGCCUGAGUCCCACAUCACUCCCCGAGUCAGGCCUUCCAAGGAACCCCGACCCCCAGAGCCCUGGCACAGAGACCCCUGGCCACAGCAUGGAGGGGUACUCAGAGGAGUCCAGCUUGCUGCGGCACUUGGAGAAGGUGGCCAGUGAGGAAGAAGAGGUGCCACUAGUGGUUUAUUUAAAGGAGAACGCAGCCCUACUGACGGCCAAUGGGCUCCACCUGUCCCAGAACCGCGAGGCCCAGCAGGCCCCACCGAUCCUGCCUCCAGCUGAAGUUCAUAGCCCAGCUACAGAUGUCAACCAAAACCUUUCCUCACCCAGUCCCACACUCACCACACCAACUUCUAACAACAACCACAACCCGCCAUCCACAGAUGUCAACCAGAACCCACCAGCAACUGUCAUUCCACAGAGCCAGGCACUUUCUAGCACCCAACAGAAUUCUUCUGAGGAAAAGCUGCCACCAAAUGGCACAGUGCCAGAUUCUAAACCCAGCACCCUAUGUGCUGGUGGGCAACCACAGCUGCCGGCUACAGAAGUGAAAUCCAGCACACUCGUAAUUGAUAAGGUUUCAGCUCCCCCUUCCACCACCAACACCUUCUCCAGGGAAGCCACUUCCAUCCCCAGCUCGGAGGCCUCAACCCCAGAGUUCAUGUGCAGUUCCCUGCUCAUUGAUAUCCAGCCCAGCACCCUGGUGGUGUCAGCAGAACAAGGGAUGCCUGGGCGGGUAACUGCCCCAACACCUACCAAGCUAUAUAGUGAAGUCCACCUCACACUGGCCAAGUCCCCAUCAGUGGUCAACAGGACAGCCAGGCCCUUUGGGAUUCAGGGACCAGGGGGUACCAGCCAGAUGGAACGAAGCCCGAUGGUAGAGAGACGACAUCUUGGAGAGAAGGUCUCAGCCCCCCAGCCCUCCACCAUAGCAGACAGAAGCCCCCGGCCACAGAGACACAUAACGUCCCAUAGCCCCAUGAUGGAGAGGAGGCCCUUGGUGCAAAGAAGCCCAGCUUUGGAGAGACGGCCUUUCGGGAACUUCACCCCACCCCCCACCUAUGCUGAGACUUUGUCCACAGCCCCCCUGGCUUCCCGGGUGAGGUCUCCUCCCUCUUAUUCUGCCCUGUACCCCAGCUCUGACUCUAAACCUUCUCAUUUGAAGGGCCAGGCAGUUCCUACCAGCAAGACAGGCAUUUUGGAGGAGUCAAUGGCCCGCCGGGGCAGCCGGAAAUCCAUGUUCACCUUCGUGGAAAAGCCCAAGGUGACCCCAAAUCCAGACCUGCUGGAUCUGGUGCAGACAGCUGAUGAGAAGCGGAGGCAGAGGGACCAGGGGGAGGCAGGCAUGGAAGAGGAGCCCUUCGCACUAGGGGCAGAGGCUUCCAACUUCCAGCAGGAACCAAUACCCAGGGACAGGGCCAGCCCUGCAGCAGUCGAGGAGGCCCUCCCAGAGUGGGCCUCGUGCCUCAAGUCACCCCGUAUCCAGGCCAAGCCAAAGCCCAAACCCAACCAGAACCUCUCUGAGGCCUCCGGAAAGGGGGCUGAGCUCUAUGCCCGCCGGCAGUCCCGGAUGGAGAAGUAUGUCAUUGAGUCUUCAGGUCACGCCGAGUUGGCCCGCUGCCCGUCACCCACUAUGUCCCUGCCUUCAUCCUGGAAAUACUCUACUAAUGCCCCUGGGGGUCUCCGAGUGGCCUCUCUCAGCCCGGCCCGGACCCCACCUGCCUCCCUCUAUCAUGGCUACCUGCCUGAGAAUGGGGUCCUGCGCCCAGAGCCCACCAAGCAGCCACCAUACCACAUGCGGCCCUCGCUCUUUGUCCUCUCACCCAUCAAGGAACCUGCCAAGAUCUCCCCAAGAGCUGCCUCACCCAGAGCUGCCUCACCUGCCAAGCCGAGCUCCCUGGACCUGGUGCCCAGCCUGUCCAAAGUGGCCCUCCCCACGUCUCCUGCUCUGCCUAGGCCCCAGGGCUCCUCACCAGCUCUCUACACCUCACCUGGCCAAGAUGGCCUCCAGCCUACUGCUGUGAGCCCAACCUACAGCAGUGAUAUCUCCCCUGUGUCUCCCUCCAGGGCGUGGUCUCCUCGAGCUAAGCAGGCCCCACGGCCCUCCUUUUCCACGCGCAACGCCGGGAUCGAGGCUCAGGACCGCCGGGAGAACCUGCCCACCUCCCCGCCCUGGACUCCCGGAGCGUCCCGGCCCCCCAGCAGCCUGGACGGCUGGGUGAGUCCGGGGCCGUGGGAGCCGGGCCGCGGGAGCAGCAUGAGCAGUCCCCCGCCGCUGCCGCCGCCGCCGCCGCCCAUGUCUCCCUCGUGGAGCGAGCGCUCCGUAUCCCCACUGCGCACGGAGCCGGAGGCGCGGCCACCCAGUCGCCAGCUGCAGGCGCUGUUGGCACGAAACAUCAUCAACGCAGCCCGGCGCAAGAGCGCCUCCCCGCGGCCCGCGGGCGCCGAAAGCCUGCGGCCUUUCUCUCCACCUCGGGCGCCGCCACUGCUUCCACCGCCGCCGCCGCCACCACCACCGCCGCGCAUGCGUUCGCCGCAGGCCCCCCGCCCCGGCGGAGUCGCGGCACCCGGGGCUACAUUCGCUCCGAUCUCGCGGAGCCAGCUGCCAGCUGGGCCCUCACCUUGCGCCAGCCCCCGGAGCCCGCUGCCAGCGCCGCCCAGGCCCUUCCCCUACCGCCGCUCGCCCACAGACUCCGACGUGUCUCUCGACUCCGAGGACUCUGGAGCCAAGUCUCCAGGCAUCCUUGGCUACAACAUUUGCCCCCGCGGGUGGAACGGCAGCCUGAGGCUCAAGCGUGGCAGCCUCACCGCGGAGGCUUCUUGCACCACAUAA